UAGAUCAUCGGCGCGCCAUCUUCAUUCCGCGCGAACAAAAACCUAAUUUUGUGAGAGUAAGAAUGGCGUUUUCUUCUCGAAAAUUGAGCUAAUUUAGUCAUGGAAAAUGCGAUGGUGGAUCCAGAAAAUGCUCCUGUGCAUUUGGAAUUCUUCAAAGAUGUCCAUUACUACCUCAUUGGAACAAUUUCAGAAGAGGUGACAGAUCUUUUAGUUCAGGGAGGAGGAAAAGAGGAGUCAUAUUUGACUGAUCGAGUGACUCACGUCAUCUCUGAAGAUGAGGAUCAUCCAGAAGUCACGGAGGCUAGGGAUCUCUUUGAGCUCCCGGUCGUAUCGUCAAAAUGGGUGUCUAUGUCAGUUCGAUGCAAGACUCUAUUACCUGGCAAGGCGUUUGCACCUGAAUCAGUCCGGCUCUUCACAAACUCCAUUGUUUGUUUUUCAAAGGUGUCGACUACUGAUCGCAAUGCAUUAUGGGCCCUGAUAACAUUCCAUGGUGGAACUUGUAGGGCUAAUCUGAGUAAAGGAUGUACGCACCUAGUUACAUCAAAAUGUGAAGGGGCAAAGUAUGAGUGUGCGUCGCAGCAUGAGACGGAGGUUAAGAUUGUGUGUCCAGACUGGAUCCUCUCCUCAGUCCUCGCAAAGAAACUACAAGAUGAAAAAACAUUCCAUCCCAAAUACCUCACUUUACAAACUCCACCCACAGAGGGAGCCCUUUGCCAGGAUAUUGAAAUGAAAAUGGAAGAGGUAGACAAGGACGAGCCGGCUGAAGAGGGCGAUGAUAAAACAGCAAAGGAGAAGAAAGAGAAAGUUGCAAGGCCAAAACUGAAACUUCCAUGGGCAGAUGAUUUAAUGCCUUUGCCUGACAUAUCAGCUCUGCCAGAACCAUUACGUGAUGCCCCGCCAUCAGGGAGUACAGCUACGUCAUCUGCUAUGAGCUCAUCACCAGCGGUGGGAGCUUCUUAUAACACCUCCAGUACAGGUUAUAGUACGCCAUCAUCAAAAACAAAAGACAAAAAACAUAAGAAAGAUAAGAAGAAAAAGAAGAAGCACAAAAAGGAGAAGAAAAAGAAGGACAAGAAAAAGCACAAGCAUGCAAGUGAAAGUGGUGCCACUGGUUUAGGACUGCCUAAAGAGGGCGCUGGUGGUUCUAACCUCGACCAAGGGAUGAAGAAUCGAAACAUGUUGAGGAACAUAACAAACAAGACUGAUUACUUGCCAUCAAUGAUUGGUGUGACCGUUGAUAAAACACACGUAUCACAGCAGGUUUUGAAUGCGGUUGGUGGUCGACCAGGGGGUCAUAAAGGACGUUUAGAUCAAAGUUAUGGAAGCUUACAAGUCAUACCUGAGAUACAUUACUAUGGACAUGAUGCAUCAGCGGGAGUGACCCCAGACUCUUGUUUACUUGGAUGUAUUUUCCUCAUCAUUGAAUACCCUCAUCUAGUUGGUCUGGAUUACAUUGAUACAUGGAGGAAGGUUAUUGUUGAACAUGGUGGAAUCGUUGAUGAUUGCUACUCAGAUCGUAUUACACAUAUCAUGUGUGAUACGCAGCGGACAGAUAUCUUUAGACUGGCAAUGAAAGAUGGGAAGCGAUGCGUAACAGCAAGCUGGUUGAAUGAUUGUUUAAAGAAGAAAGCUAUGCUACCACCAUGGAGGGCACUUCAUUUCCCAGCCCCAUCUUACCCUCUCCAACCACCGCCUUGUAAAGACCAGAUAAUUGCUGUAACUGGUUUUGAAGGUGGAGAAAGAAAUGAUGUGAAGACAAUGAUAGAGAUGACUGGAGCUAAAUACACAGGAUUCUUUAGCAGAGGGAAUACUCUACUUAUAUGUAAAAGGCUUGAAGGAGCUAAGUAUGAGAAGGCCCAGGAAUGGAGGACGCCGGUCACUAAUGUCCAGUGGUUGAGUGAGGUUAUACUAGGAAACUAUGAUGCUCUUCAUAACUUUGUUAUGCCUCGUUACCAAGUCUUUGAUGUAGAUGAUCCUUUUAAGCUUGAAUUACUCAGACCACUCAAGCUUAUGGAACCAUGGACUAUUCCAAUUAAAAUCUCACAGUCUAUUCGGCGGAGUUACAUUACUAGUAUUGCUCAGAAGACAGCUAACCUUGCUAAUGGGAAACGAAAAGGAGAUCCACAGUCCCCUGGAAAUGCUUCUAAAAAGAUAAGGAAUAUGAUUCAAAUGGAUGAUGACUGGGAUGCAGGUACCCCUCGUAUUGCUCCUGACAAAGCUCCUAGGAUUCUAUUCACCGGUUUAGAUGCACCGAGAAUGGCAGACUUAUCCAAAAAAAUUGAGAAGCUAGGUGGUCGAAUUGUUGACACUAUUAGCCAGUGUACCCAUCUAAUAGCGGUCAAGAUCAUGAGGACGGUCAAGUUUUUAGCCGGUGUCUCGGUCUGUAAACACAUCGUUACUCCAAUGUGGAUUGAAGAAAGCUACAAGAGUAGAUGGUUUCUAGAUGUGACAAACUUCUCUCUUGUGGAUCAGGAGAUGGAAACAUUGUUUUCAUUCCAGCUUAGAGAGUCUCUCAUCAGAGCUAACAAACAAAAAUUAUUUAAGGAUGUAACAAUCUACAUCACGCCUGGAGUCAAACCAGGAGCAAACAUGUUGAGAGAGAUCAUAGAGUGUGCGGGGGGUAAGCUAGCCCCAUCACGCCCCUCCCUGACAAAGAUUAGUCACAUACAGAGCGCCCUCGGGAAGGGAGCGUUUGUUGUUAUCAGUUCACCCUCUGAUAUGCCGUCAUGUAGAGAUUUCUUUACACACAAUAUAGAUGUUCACAAUGCUGAGUUUGUUCUUACGGGAGUCCUUCGUCAGCAGCUGGAUUAUAAGUCAUUUAGAUUUGAUCCUCGUAUCUGAAGCUGGUCAACCAGAGAUCACCAAAACAAACCGAAGGCUCGCUUCUUGCUUGUGGCUUGUGAUUGUAACUGCUGGGCGCAUGAAGAUCUGGGACAGUAUUCACUUUAAAUACUUAACAUGAGUAUUUUACCUAGAUGUUGUUCUAUGAAGUAACAUGUCAAUUUGGUAUUCAAUGUUUUAAUUUGGCUGAGUUUUUCAGACAGCUAGAGUGACCAGUUUGUGUUUUAAUACACAAUUAUCCAAAGAACUAUCUUGUGGUGUAUCCGAAGUAACACAUUCAUUUGUGUUAGCGGCUUUACAGCCAUUAGACUUGAUUACCCAGCAUUAUUCUCGAUACUCCGGACAAUGUGUGUCCUGUUUAGCUUUCACGGAAUAUCCUUUGCUCAAUAAACUUUAUUUGAAUUUGAGUUUAGGAGCCAUUAUUCACGAAUGUAUAUUUGUGCAGAUAACCCAUGCUUUUGGGUUAAGAAGAACACUGGAUAGACUUGUUAAUUGAUCCCAUUUCAUCUUGAGUUAUGCUAGUGUAGAAAAGAAGCAAACGGCUUUUACCUCCUCUAUCAGCCCUUCCCAUUCAUUAUCUGUGAUGGUUCAGAUCAGUGUGCAGACAACAGGAAACAUGGGAGCAGCAGGUAAUUUAGCCCCUGGAAAUCACCAUUCAUCACAAUGUCAAAGCUUAUCCAAUGAUGCAUAUAUCGACAGGAAGUUUUGAAGAGUAACCCUUGAAAAUGAAAUAUUAAUAUUUGGCCUGGCAGACAGCAUGCACAGACAUGGCACAUAAAUGAUAUUUUAAAGGUUUUGAUAUUGUACUUAUCUAAUCAUGCGAUAAUGAUAAUGAAUGUAUUGAUCAAGUUUAUUAUAACAAGGUAGUGCAAAUUGUAUUAUUUUGAAAUUAUGGACUAUUCUCAGUUAAAUUGAAUAUGAGCAAUGCACAUUUCUAGCCCCCCCCCAAAACCCCCCCCCAACAAAACAAAACAUGUGCCAAACAUUUUCUAACUUCAUAUUCCAGAACUUAGUUAAUUAAUUAUUAUAUACAGCUCUAAGGUAUGCCCCUAUUUAACUUUCUGAAAGGAUAGUAGCUAUCUUUGCUAAUCUUCCUGGUUGUUACUUCACACCUGUAUCAAUUCAGAGCCUACACCAGUACUCUGUGGAUCACAAGAAAAAUAAAUUGGAUUUUUAAAAUGACCCCUGACAGACAGCAUGCACAUUGAUGUCAGAUAUAAAAUUACAUAAAUAACUGAAUAUGUUAUCACUUGACCGAUAGCUAAUAUAUUGGACAUUCUUGGAACUAUGGUGACUGUAUAUAAGUGUCUUGUGAUAUAUUUUGUAUCAUUUUUUGUGUUGUUGUUAUCUAGUAGUCACAUGUAUCUGUUAUAUGUCAGAUGAAUCUAGUUCUGGAAAUUGAUCCAAUAAUGCAAAGAUAGUUGGGUUAACUCAGAUUUCAUGCUCUUUUGGACAAGUGAAAAUAACAAGAUAUGUAUGAGAUCAUCUUUAAUGCUUUUUUUAUACCAUUUUACACCAUAUGAUUUUAUGUUUCAUUUUUUCCUUUAAUUUGGCCUACCUUUUUCAUUAACUUUUGGAAGGUUUGCAAUAUGAUUUAAAGGUUAAUUUCCACCCCAGAAGGUGUUGAUUUGAAUAAAUAGAGAAAAUCAAACUAGCAUAAUGCUAAAAGUUUCAUCAAAAUCGGAUGUAAAAUAAGAAAGUUAUGACAUUUUAAAAUUUCACUUAUUUUCACAAAACAGUUAUAUGCAUAACUCACUGACAUGCAAAUGAGACAGUUGAUGAUGUCCCUCACACACUAUUUAUUAUUACUUUUUUUUUUAAAUUAUACAAUAUUUAAUUUUUUUACAAAUUUGACAAUAAACGCCAGCUUGACUGAACGAUAAUGCUAAUUUCAAAUGUUCAAGGACGAAUUAAUCUUUGAUUCAUUUGACAAUGAGGAGAAAAUUAGAGUAUUUCAUACAAUAAAAUAGAAAAGAAAUAGUGAGUGGAUGAUGUCAUCAGUCUCCUCAUUGGCCAGAGGAGUAGACUAAGAUAAAGACAGAUAAAAUUCUUCAAAUCAUUCUGCAUCUAUUUAGAACCAUGAUACAUUCACCCAUUAAAUUAUAUUUACUGCAUUUCUGUAUGAUAUGUAUAAAACAUUUUAUAUGUAAAUAUAUAAUGUCUUUGAUUUUUUUUUAAUGAUUGUAAUAAAAUCUAUAUAAUGAAUGGAA